AUGGACAAUCCGUUUUCCAAUACGGAUUCAUUGUCUCGAAUGGAUUUUGGAGAGAUCAAUGCAACGAAUGUCUCCCCAGUUUUAUCGACACCAGCAUUGCACAAACGACGUCCACCGAAACGCGUUCGAUUUGCUCUAACACUCGAACCAGUCGAAGAAAACUCUGUACCUUCGAGUCCAGAAAUAUCGCCAACUAUACUGUCAAAACGAACUAAACAAUCGUUCGAGUUCGAUACACAAGCAAAACCACUCUACGGAAAUUAUAUCGAAUAUUUGAAAGCUCGCCAAGCAUUCAAAGAACGAAUGUCCUUACCAACUUCUCCUUCUUUUUUGGAAACAUCUCCCGAACCUCCAACAUACACUCAUACAUUCGUUAUUCAAAGUAAAUCACCAGCAGUCUUCAUUGAUUCAAUCACCAUUACAACUCCAACCAUUCACUUACCUCAGAUAGUUCAACGCGAAAAGACACCAUCGAUUAGAACACCAACGACUGUUGAUCCUAAUCUUAAACAAGAAGUAACUCUUUCGACUCCACCUCGUCUGGUUCACACGAAAAAGCUAUCUAAUGCCACUAAUCAAAGACAUCAUUACGUAUCUAUACAAGCUAUGUCAAGAUCCAGUGCACCAUUACCGAGCACAACAAACUUGCCUAAUAAACCAGUCCGAUCAGAUAAUUCAACCAGAUCGAAGCCUGUCAAAGAACGAACAUCUACUGGAAAGAUUCCAGGAAGUGUUAUGACCAAAUCACCAGUUAAUGCUUUACCUAAUCGACCAGUCUUACCGAUUUCUUUACGCAAACCGCGAAUGCCUAGUCGUCUUCAUCAAUCAAAUGAUGAAAUAAAUAUUAAUCCAAAGUAUUUCUUUCAAUAUCACGAUCAUGAUCAACUUCUUCGUCAACCGAUCAUUCAUUCUCUACAUUAA